AUGUAUUUUAGACUUUGCGAGAUGCUAACCACUGAUGAAGGGUCGUCCUCGGAUGGGGACGGGGACGAUGGCGUUGGAGGGGGCCAGUGGACGCAUGACAUCGGAAUCCGGUCGUUCCUCAUCUUUGUGAAGAGGUUGCUCAUACGAUCGAGGCCUACCCCUUUGCAUAUCUCUCUAUUGUUUCCCGGCACCUACACGCCCAAGACUGCCCUUGUCGCGACAGCAAAAGCAUUGCGUCCACUCAUCACGAAGGAGGCUAAUCGGCUGACGACGCUGGACGUGGAGACCUUGGAUAUGAGGUUUAUACGAAUGGGUGUUAGCCUACCCCUCCUUCGCUCGCUACUUUGUAGUAACGCUUUCUUCCCGUUGGAGAGCGCCUUGCACACGCCCAGCCUUAACAAGUUAAUCCUUCUCAACCCCAUACCUGGUUCAUGCCUGGCCGACCCCCGCCUUCAACUGUCCAACCUCACGGAGAUGUGUUUCUUCCAGAAUAGUCGCCACGGGAGCGGAUGUGGUCUCGACUCACUCGAUCUUCUGGCCUCCCUCCGCCAUACACCAAACCUCGCUGUUCUUCGAAUUACGCCAGCGUCAAAAUUCAUGUGGGGUGGGGGAUCGGAGGACAAGAGGUCGGUCCCGUUGGCGAAUUUAAAGACACUGGAGGCAAAUGGAGUACAUUCGUCCUUCAUUUGUGCGCUUGAUACCCCGAAUUUGGAGAACCUUGAUGUUUUCAUCCACAAGGGAUCUAUCGAUCAAGCCCUGGCAGGUGCACGGAGAGUGACGAGCUCGCUCACAGAGUUCCUCCAACACACGCCCAAGCUCAAAUGCCUCCGAUUCGGAUACUCGAACCAUUAUCAGUUUCUCGACCUGCAUCGCCCCAUCACCGACUAUCGUUUCUUGGUGUCGCAGGAGUUGCAACCCUCUGAUUUUGGGAAGAUACACCAAGAGCUCAAGGAGAACUUCAGACGACAUUCGGCGAAAUAUAGCAAUUUUCUGUGCGAUGUCGUGAAUUUUAGGAGGUUUACAAAGUCUAGGUGGCCCGAAUGUGGCUUUGUUGAGGAUUUAGUAGGGUGGAUUGAGGAGAACUCGAGGGUGAUGGAGCCGGAUGGGACAACUCGAGGCUUACAGUCCGCGCUGGAUGAUCAUACUGUGCUUGAGAUCAUCCGGUUUCUUGCGCUUGAGGAAAUUCCGGGCACUAGAAAAUUUGUUCUUCAGGUUACCCAAGGGUAUUUAGUGUAG